GUAUUUAUGAGCCGCUACUUCUUGUCCUACUUCAGUGAACCUACCUUCGAUGUGAAAAUUGCCUUUUGUCAGGUGUGUGUUUCUUACAGGUAAAACAAGGGAUUUGAUAAACAAGUGGAUGUGUCAUAUAUUGCCAAACAUUACAACAUGAGCAAAAGCAAAGUAGACAACCAGUUCUACAGUGUUGAAGUGGGAGAUUCAACGUUCACAGUCCUCAAACGCUACCAGAAUCUAAAGCCUAUUGGUUCUGGGGCUCAGGGAAUCGUUUGUGCUGCGUAUGAUGCUGUCCUUGACAGAAAUGUGGCCAUUAAGAAGCUCAGCAGACCAUUUCAGAACCAAACACAUGCCAAACGAGCUUAUAGGGAGCUGGUCCUCAUGAAGUGUGUGAAUCAUAAAAAUAUUAUCAGUUUAUUAAAUGUCUUCACACCACAGAAAUCACUGGAAGAGUUCCAAGAUGUUUACCUUGUGAUGGAACUGAUGGAUGCAAACUUGUGUCAGGUAAUUCAGAUGGAAUUGGAUCACGAGCGUAUGUCUUACCUCCUGUACCAAAUGUUAUGUGGCAUCAAGCACCUUCAUUCUGCCGGUAUCAUCCACAGGGAUUUAAAGCCCAGUAACAUUGUGGUGAAGUCUGACUGCACAUUGAAAAUUCUGGACUUUGGACUGGCCAGGACUGCUGGCACAAGCUUCAUGAUGACUCCGUAUGUGGUGACACGUUAUUACAGAGCACCAGAAGUCAUCCUGGGAAUGGGCUACAAAGAGAAUGUGGAUAUAUGGUCUGUAGGAUGCAUUAUGGGAGAAAUGGUUCGCCACAAAAUCCUCUUUCCAGGAAGGGAUUAUAUCGAUCAAUGGAACAAAGUAAUCGAGCAACUAGGAACGCCUUGCCCAGAAUUCAUGAAGAAAUUGCAACCCACAGUAAGAAACUACGUGGAGAAUCGGCCCAAGUAUGCAGGGCUGACUUUCCCCAAGCUCUUUCCAGAUUCCCUUUUCCCUGCUGACUCCGAGCACAAUAAACUUAAAGCCAGCCAAGCCAGGGACCUUUUGUCAAAAAUGCUAGUGAUUGAUCCAGCCAAAAGGAUAUCAGUGGAUGAUGCCUUGCAGCAUCCAUACAUCAACGUCUGGUACGAUCCUGCAGAAGUAGAGGCGCCUCCUCCACAGAUAUAUGAUAAACAGCUGGAUGAAAGAGAACAUACCAUUGAAGAAUGGAAAGAGCUGAUCUAUAAGGAAGUAAUGAAUUCUGAAGAAAAGACUAAAAAUGGAGUAGUAAAAGGACAACCUUCUCCUUCAGCACAGGUGCAGCAGUGAACAGCAGUGAGAGUCUCCCUCCAUCCUCUUCUGUCAACGACAUCUCCUCCAUGUCCACCGACCAGACCCUGGCAUCUGACACUGAUAGUAGCUUGGAGACCUCGGCAGGACCACUUGGUUGUUGCAGGUGACUAGCCGCCUGCCUGCGAAACCCAGCGUUCUUCAGAAGAUGAGGAAACUGAAAAGAUGCACAACCGUGCGUGUGGGAUGUGAUAAUUAAGAGAAAAUGGGAAGGAAGAGAACAAAAUCUAAAAUUGAAACCAAUCUUUCAGCUUGCUUCUUCUGCAGAGUUAUGUAUUGCAACUCAGCCCAAGUGUAUAUUUAACUUAUAAUCGCUCUGCUUUCUUCUUCUUCUUCUUCCAGUGAUGCUUACUGCAGAAAACAAAAUACACACACAGGCACACAGACACAUACACACACACACACACACAAUUUAAGAAGCCUUUUCCCAUAAAAUAUACAUGAAUGGCUACCAAACCAGCAACCUGCGCCCACCCUUUCACUGGCAUGGCAAGGUGUGCAGUGGCCCCUGCAUGUGUGUCUGUCUUGCAUCUACCUGCUCCUUUUGGCCUAGUCAGAUGGAUGUAGAUACAGAUCCACAUGUGUCUCUAUACACACAGCACGGCAUUUACAUAGAGAUGAUAGUCUUUAGCGCUGUCCAGAUACAGUACAUACUGUGUUACUCAGUGGUCCAUUUCAUGUGAACUCUUACUAUGACAUAAACCCAUCUGUAAUAUCUUGCCAGCAUAUAAGCUGUUUAGUUUGUUAAUUAAGUUGUAUGUCUUAUAAGAAGCUUUGUAAAAGGGGAAAAAAUUGUGAGUGAGCGCUCUCAGAUACUUAAAGAUAAUGUAGCAUCCAAAUUUGAGCUGAUUAAAAUGUUAUCUGUAUACCA